UAGCUUUCCGGCUUUCGGAUGGAAGACAUGAACGGAUGUAUACUGCAUAAUAUAUUGCAUGAUUGGUCGCGUAAGGCUGAUGCGAACUUUUUUCGGUGCCUUGGUACUCUGUGUGGAUGUCGAGCGCAGAAAGGGGGCAUGCACGGAGAAACGGGUUCGUAUGUGGACCAACACGCGAAGCAAGGAUACACAUACGGCCGCACGCACGUACGUAUGAUAUAGUAGUUGGCAGCCAGAUAAAGAUUGCAGAUCAAAGAUCGCAAAGAGAUAUUCAGUUUUUUGUAACGCACUAGCAGCAUAGAUGAUAUGAUAUGAUACAUACUACUCUACCGAUCGAACGAUAGCGAACGAGGUGACUGCCAAUCAGCGCGAAUGAGGCACAGGUUCUUUCCGACAGCUUUCGUCUCUGCAGCCGAGGCUGCUGCUUCGUCGUAAUGAACAAUAGUUUUCUGUAUAAUGUAAGUCACUGGUCAAUCAAUCUGCCACUCUCUCAUCAUACUGUUGGUACUACCGCUCUCGGCCAAUCCGCUGCUCGCAGAGAACAAUCGUUGCUGUCGGACAAGAAACUUCAUCGAUCUCCUACCUAAGCCCUAGGUUCGUUCACUACACCUCCUUCUCUUGCGCUGUCGAUGUAGGUCGUGGUUGCCAAUUACUUGCACCAGGUACGCCGGCCAUCUUCCGAGAGAGGUCUGACCAUCAAGUCAGUGCCUCCUCGUAGUCGGGACCCGAACCUUUCAAGGUUCGAACUCGCGGAAUUCAGUUUGAUUUCAUUUGUCAGGAUUUGAAUCCGGACCCAGGAAAUAUAUUCCACAUGAACUAUUCGUGCACAGGGCUCAAUGGACUCUCUCAUUAGAGUCUGCCCGGCCAAUAGAAUACUCCACCUUCCGCCUCCAAUUUAUACCGUCCGUAGGCUCCACUUGCCUGGCCUGUGCAUCUUCUACAGCUACGACUGACAGACGAGAUCGAGCUCGAUUCUCCGCGAUUCUUCCGUCGGUCAUCCGAAUCGAAAUUUCUCCAUGAAGCAUCUCAUCUCUCUCGGUGGGUGUCCACCCAUGAGAGCCAUCGUAAGGUUCUCUGACUUCGUACUCGUCUGGCCGAAGCCCAGUUUCCCAAAGAAAAGAAGGGAGCUCUUCGUGCAACAACCUCUGGGAGAAUGAUGAAUGAGACUGGACUGCAGCUGAGCAGCCCCUUGCAUUGCAAUGCAUGCUCAGACUAUCAUGGAAAUGAUCAUAUUUCUGCGCCUUCGCCUCCCCGUCAUCGUUACCUUACUCGUUCGGCCGCUGACGUGGUAAGAAACGAAGGGGACGCCCCUCGACCCGCAAGACUACGUGGAAGGUGUGUCAGGUGUCAGGGGCUGGCUCUCUUCGAUCUGCGGGGUUUCAUAAGUUCGUUAAGCUUUUCAGAUGCUGUUAGAGGUGCAGGCAGGCCAGAUGCAGAUGCCUUCUCUGCUCGAAUACGGUAAUGCUCUGCUGACUGUCUUCUUGUCCGGAUUCGCAUCAGUAUCUUCUUCGAGAUAGCCAACUCGGUAUCGAGGUUGGAUAUGGUAGAGUACAGCCACGAAACCCUAAGAUUAUAAAACACGGUCCAUAGCCC